AGACUCACAUCAUGGAGCCAAAGGCGGCCCGAUUGCGGAGGGGAGAAGGGUUGAGAGGAGAGCAAGAGGACAGACCCUCUGCAGAAGGAAACACCGAGAAGGACAGAGGCAUGGACUUGGUGCAAUGGACCCGCCAUAUGGAGGCCGUGAAGAUGCAGCUGUUGGAGCAAGCUCAGGGACCGCUGAUGGAGCUACUGGACCGGGCCAUGUGGGAGGCCAUUCAGUCCUACCCACCGCAAGGUGGACCUCUGCCCUCCGUUCCUCCAGAUUCCUCGAGCAAGGCCCGGGAGCCAUCCCUGGGGAAACGGAAAAUUUUCAUCAUCCGAAAGUCCCUGCUUGACGAGCUGAUGGAAGUGCAACAUUUCCGUACCAUCUACCACAUGUUCAUCGCCGGCCUGUGUGUCUUCAUCAUCAGCACCCUGGCCAUCGACUUCAUCGACGAGGGCAGGCUGAUGCUGGAGUUUGACCUACUGAUCUUCAGCUUUGGACAGCUGCCCUUGGCGCUGAUGACGUGGGUCCCCAUGUUCCUGUCCACGCUGCUGGUGCCCUACCAGGCCCUGCGGCUGUGGGCGAGGCCCCGGGAUGGAGGGGCCUGGACGCUGGGGGUGGGCCUAGGCUGCGUGCUGCUGGCCGCCCACAACGCGGUGCUCUGCGUCCUCCCGGUCCACGUGGCCCUGAAGUAUCAGCUCCCGCCGGCCUCGCGCAGUGUCCUAGUCUUCGAGCAGGUCAGGCUCCUGAUGAAGAGCUACUCCUUCUUGAGAGAGGCUGUGCCUGGAGCCCUUUGUGCCAGAGUAGGUGACGGCAAACAAGCCCCCAGUUUCUCCAGCUACCUCUACUUCCUCUUCUGCCCUACACUCAUCUACAGGAAGACUUAUCCUAGGACACCCAACGUCAGGUGGAAUUAUGUGGCCAAGAACUUCGCCCAGGCCCUGGGCUGUGUGCUGUAUGCCUGUUUCAUCCUGAGCCGUCUCUGCGUUCCUGUCUUUGCCAACAUGAGCCGGGAGCCCUUCAGUACCCGGGCUCUGGUGCUCUCCAUCAUGCAUGCCACGUUGCCAGGCAUCUUCAUGCUGCUGCUCAUCUUCUUUGCCUUCCUCCAUUGCUGGCUCAACGCCUUCGCAGAGAUGCUACGAUUUGGAGACAGAAUGUUCUACCGGGACUGGUGGAACUCGACGUCCUUCUCCAACUACUACCGCACUUGGAACGUGGUGGUCCAUGACUGGCUAUACAGCUACGUAUAUCAAGAUGGGCUGUGGCUCCUUGGCGGCCGGGCCCGAGGGGCCGCCAUGCUGGGUGUGUUCCUGGUUUCUGCCGUGGUCCAUGAGUACAUCUUCUGCUUUGUCCUGGGAUUCUUCUACCCCGUCAUGCUGAUACUCUUCUUAGUUAUUGGAGGGCUGAUGAACUUCAUGAUGCAUGACCGGCACACGGGCCCGGCGUGGAAUGUGUUAAUGUGGACCAUGCUGUUUCUGGGCCAAGGCAUCCAGGUCAGCCUGUACUGCCAGGAAUGGUACGCUCGGCGACACUGCCCCCUCCCCCAGACGACCUUCUGGGGGCUGGUGACACCUCGAUCUUGGUCCUGCCAUACCUAGAGAUCAGAGCACCCUCACUGCCCAGAUGAUACCACCAAGUUCUUCUCUGCCUGCAAAGCCCGGGACCAGGGUGCCUCUCCCUGAACUCCUAGAUCUAGCUCCAAGUCAAGGGGGCCUGGCAGGCAUGACCCACUAGGGAACUCCAGAGACAGAGAUCCGUGGACCCAGAGGGCCACUGAGCACAGACACGGAAUGAUGGUGGCUCUUGAGCCUCCAGCCCCCUCGACCAGGCACAGAGUCCCCUCCUACCUCAUGACUGUCCAGACUUGGGAAGACUUGAAGGAUCUUACAGAUCUGGUCAAUGCAGGGUGACCUAAAGAAGCCGGGGCCACCAAGGUCUGAGAAGGGUUUGGCUGGCUUUUUGUACUGUUUCCAGUACAAUAAUAAACUGUGUCUCUUUUUAUUCA